AUGGUCAUCAAAGUGUUUGUGGCCACAUCGUCGGGGUCCAUAGCGAUUAGGAAAAAACAGCAAGAAGUGGUGGGCUUUCUGGAAGCUAAUAAAAUCGACUUUAAGGAAUUAGAUAUAGCCGGAGAUGAAGACAACCGGAAGUGGAUGAGAGAGAAUGUCCCUGGAGAGAAAAAACCUCAGAACGGGAUCCCUUUGCCCCCCCAGAUCUUCAACGAAGAGCAGUAUUGUGGGGAUUUUGACUCUUUCUUCUCUGCAAAAGAAGAGAAUAUUAUCUAUUCAUUCCUUGGUUUGGCUCCCCCUCCAGGCUCGAAGGCCGCAAAGCCGCCGGGGGAGGAGCCGUCCCUGCCCAAUGGCGAGGUCAUGGGUGAGGCGCAGAGCCCCUCGGAGGGAACAGAGGAGGCUGGAGAAAGUGGGGAAAACGAGGCACCAAAGGAGGACAAGGAAGAUGAGGGCAACCCCGCCGAACCCCAAGCGGAGAAGGCAGGCGAGGUAACGGAGGAGGGAGCAGAAGGGGACGCAGAGGAAGAGGAAGCUGAGAAAGGAGAAGAAGCAGGAGGAGAAGCAGAAGGAGAAGAAGGAGGAGGAGAAGGAGGAGGAGAAGGAGGAGAAGAAGGAGGAGAGGAGUCGUAG